CACUAUUCUCAUGUGCUGGAUAGAGUAGGAACUGCUUCAUGUGUCACAGCUUAUACCUCUGCUUAUACCUCUAACAGCAGUUCUCCUUGAGCUCCCUUCUAGCCUGUGCUUCUGGAGCAGCAGGACCUGAACUCUAUCCCUGCUACAGCUGAGAAAGUUGGAGUGGCAGGGCUGGGUGUUGACCCUGAAGUCCGAGGUGGCCACAGAUAUUUGUACAGUACGCUUGUGUAAUUCAGCUCAUCCUAUACCUGAGAAAAUGCCCAUUGGGUGUGAUUUGGAGCUAAAGAAGGUAGCUGCAGUAUGGCUACUUUGUGGAGAUGCCCAAGUUAGGCACAAUUUUCCUUCUUUGUUUUUAGUGGGAGAAUCGUUUAUUUGCAACUGAAUACUGUACUCUGAUCUGCGUUGGUAGCAACUUUGGUGACCGCGAAACAACUUCGGUAACAACCCUGACGUCUUUAAGCUGACGUUCUUAGGGGAAAGAAGACAGAGGCUUCCACCCCUAGGCUUCCUGUUGCCAACGUCUGAGAAGGCUCUUGAUAUUGGUUUCACAUCUCUUUGCCAUUUAGAAAAGAGACCUUUGAUUGUAUUAGAUUUUUAAACCGGGUGAAGUAAUUUUUCCUAAACUAGUGAGGAAAUAACCGCAGUUGCAUUUUAGUGUUAAGGAGAAGGACCAUGGGGAGACAAGGGUAUCUGGUCAGCGUAAUAAUGGUCGGAUUUAUCAUCAAAGGUGUGGUCACACAAGGGCCUUCAGGGAAAGCAAAAAUAAAGGUGGAAAGGCGUGGCCGUGACGUGGUCCUGAAGUGCGAGGGGGUUCCAGAAACGGAAUCCAGUACAGCCUGGUGGAAAGAUGGAACUAAAAUAGAGAGAAAAGGAAAAGAGUUGAAUUUGGGCGCAGAAGCGAAUGACCCGAGAGGACUUUAUAUAUGUCGUGAUUCCGAUUCCAGUCCUCUACAAGUGUAUUUCCGAAUGUGCCAGAAUUGCAUCGAGCUGGAUGCAGCCACCAUCUCAGGGAUCGUGGUAGCUGAUAUCAUCGCCACGGUCCUCCUGGCAAUCGCCGUGUACUGCAUCACCGGCCAAGACAGUGGCCGUCUCUUACGAGCUUCUGACCGACAGAACCUGAUCGCCAAUGAGCAGCUCUACCAGCCCCUUGGUGAGCGGGACAAUGAGCAGUACAGCCGCCUAGGAGUUACCAGGACUCGCAAAUGAGAAGGGAGAGCACCUGGGGGCUCAUCAACUGUGACCCUUGGCCCUUUAUCCUGUCUCUUUUCCACAUGGGAGCCAACAAUAUUGGGGAAUCCUGCUGCCUUCGAUGCGGCCGACAAAGCCUUCACUCUGCAGCUCGGUGGCCAGAAACCAUGGUGAUGGGUGUCUCACUAAUGUGUCUAAGAAAUAGAUGAUCUCUGCUCGCAGGUGAUCCUGGGCCUUGCUUGUCUGAAAUCCCUCUGGCUCCCUGCAGUGCAGAGGGGGCUCGUAGAGCUCUCUGCUUUUUGUGAUGCUUUUGCUUUGGCAAUAAAGAGGCUUUGCCCGG